AUGAACAAAAACGGAACAGCUAAAAUGAAUGAUAAUCAAAUUAGAGCAGAAGGUAGAAGGUUAUUUAAACGCUUCUAUAACAUUCCUGAUGGUGUUAAUCCUAAAACUCGUAGAAGCUAUUUAAAUGAAGCAAUAGAUGCAUAUGAAGGGUUUGACAUUUCAUCAGAAAGUGAGAGAUUAGCGAGAAUGUUAAAUGUUAAUAUUGAUUUCUAUUAUUGUGAUCCUCAACCAGAAGACGUGGACAUAAAUAAGGUAGACUUUCCAUUAGUGGAAUCAAUAAUGAUAGAUCCAGAAUUUGAAACAGUAAAUAUUUUAUUAACACAGAGUCCAUGUGGAAAACUUCACGCUGACAGAAUAACAGACGUUGAAGCACUCACCGGCUAUAAAGUUUGUCCAUAUUGUAAAGAAGAAGUUUAUUCUAUCCGUGAUGAUCCAGAAAGGAAAAACCAAAGAAGAUUUUUAAAGCAUUGUGAGAAAUGUAAAGAAAAUAAUGGAAGAUUAAUUCAAGACGUUCAAUUGCAAAAGACCCAGCAACCAUAUGCACCACAUAUUACGAAACAGAAGAUAUAUCAGUGGUUAUUAGCUCACAAUUUGCAGAAAUAUUAUAAACCGACAA